AUGGAUGAGUCGUUAGACUCUCAACAGUUUAGUCUGAAGCCGAUAACCGGACCACCAGAUGAAACGGUUGCAACAGUCUACGAUGUCGUCAAGAGAGCUGCUUCCAUCACCUCCAAUGGUCCUUUUCUUGGAGAAUUGUGUGGCACCGAAGUGGUUUGGAAAACCUACGAGACCGUCCUGCACGAUGCGCAGAUACUCGGCUCGGCUCUUUUGCAACUUGGUCUUAAGCCGGGUGAAAACACUCGUGUAGGAAUUGCCGGUAUUCAUUCAGUGAGGUACAUGACUACAUUGCAUGCGUUGGUUUCUUACAGUAUGGUGCUGGUUCCUCUCUACCAUAACUCAAAACUUGAAGUCCUCUGGUACGUUUGA